GAGCCUAUAAGACUUGCAGAUGAAAAUAGGUCAUAAAGGAUAGUCACUUCGUCAUAUAGUCUAGUAAAGGACUAGCCUAAUUGGAGAGCUACUCAUUCGAUCGUUCAAUCCCCUUCCAUAAUGGAAACCGCACAGAGUGUACUGGCCGUCACAACGUCACAUGUUAACUAACGAGCCGCGAGUUCGAAAAAAGAAAAAAUACUCCAGGGAAAUUCAAAUAUAGAAUUUAUAUCUUAUCUGAAUUGGUCCGUAGUAUUGUUUUGUUUUCGUGGUGGUGGUGUAAAAUAGUGAUUGGAUUUAAUUAAAUAAUGAGUGCUAAUAUUAUAAAAUACGGUGCUACGGAAACUACGGAAAAAAUUUCGGAAAAUGCAGAAGUUGCAACUGAAAUUGACUUAAGCCAGCCUCUCCGCCGGCGAUGGAGGGUGAGUCAGAACGUGGUGUUCGGUCUCGGGCACGUGUACAACGACCUGUGCGCCGCCAUGUGGUUCUCCUACAUGAUGCUGUUCUUCCAGGCCGUGCUGGGCAUGCGGGCCGCCCUGUCCGGCGCCAUGCUGCUGUUAGGUCAGGUGGUUGAUGCUAUAGCGACUCCAAUUGUUGGAGUACUAGCUGAUAGAUAUAGCAAUAAGAAGUCAUGGCAUCUUUCAGGUUGCGUGCUAGUAACAUGCACAUUUCCCCUCCUCUUCGUGCGCUGCUGGGGCUGCUACCCCGGCGUGGAGGCCGAGUACCUGUCCUGGUGGAUGCCGCUGUACUACGGCUCGCUGAUCGUGUGCUUCCAGGUCGGCUGGGCCAUCGUGCAGAUCUCCCACCUGGCCAUGAUACCCGCUAUAUCGGAGUCUUCGCACGUGAGGAAUGAGUUGACGUCGAUACGAUACAUGGCCUCAGUGAUAUCAAGUAUUGGCGUGUAUUUGAUAACAUGGGCGGUUUUAAGAGCAACUAAUUACAGCACCUUUAUCGGACCAAAAGACGACUACAAGUUCAGGGAUGUGUCCCUGAUAAUAACAACGCUGGGAAUCACAGCGUUUAUCUUGUUCCAUACAUUCUUCAGACUGAGAAGCUCAAAAGAAGAAAAACUGAACGGUCAAACGAACCUAAAUGGGUCAUCUGCACUAAUAGCCAACCCCGAAGCGGGCGAUGGCAAGACUCUACCACCAAAGACGAAGAUUAUGCAUUUUUUGAAAAUGCCGCUGCUGUAUCAAGCUAGUUUAUUAUACGUGUUCUCCCGGCUCUACUGGGCAUUAAGUCUAGUUUACGUCCCCUUGUUCCUAGAAGAGAGGCUGGCCUUCAACCCCAGUGCGGGCUCCGAGCUGGUCGCGAGCGUGCCGCUGGUGCUGUACAUCUCCUCGUUCUUCUCAUCUCUUGUGCUGAAGAGCAAUAUUAGCAAUUGCAGUAAUCAGGUAUCAUACUUGUUGGGGAGUUGCUUGAGCCUCAUCAGUUCCAUGUGGAUAGCUAUUGCUAUUGACCCCACCGCCAGCAUAGUGCAGAUUUAUUUAGUUGCUGCUCUCAUAGGAGCGGGUAGUUCCAUAACCCUGGUGUCCAGUCUGUGCGUGACGGCGAACAUGAUCGGCCCCCACAGCCACCAGGGUGCUGCCAUCUACUCCAUCGUCACGUUUGCAGAUAAGCUGGUCACCGGCAUAGCUGUUGUCGCCAUUGAAAACUUUAAAUGUAUCGACGCGGCGGACUGCCCGCAGUACUACCGCGGGGUGCUGACAUAUGCGUGCGGGGGGAGCGCCUUCUUCGGCAUCCUGUCUCUGGGGUGCGCCAGGCUGACCAGACAGAAACUACAAACAUGAACCUAUC